AUGCUCAUCCCCAAAAGCCUCAUCCUCAGCAUCCAGCUUAUCUUGCGCGGACUCAGCCCCGGGUCGCUCGUGAAGUUCACCUGGUGCUAUCCAUGGCUCCCCAACGGGAUCAUGGACUUGAAUGGCUAUAUCCCGCGGUCUCAGCCGCAGAUCGUAUCGCUGGAGCUGUAUACCCAGGCGGGCGAUGAAACAGGCACUGGCCAGUCUAGCAUCGCCGAAGAGAUCAGCAUUGACGGUCUUGUCCGACUACGCUACCUGACGUGCUUGGUAUGGCACGGAAUCUGCCCCUGCAGACAUGCCCUUGUCCUCGAUACAUGUAUCUGGCAGAACUCUGGGACGCUUGAGAGGUUGGACCUCAGGUUUUUGAGGCGCGUGGUGGAUCGCAUGCUGUUAGUUACACAUGCUUAUAAUCAUAACUUUAUAGAGUUCUCUAAUCUACAGAUGCUUAUACUAGAAAAUAUGUUUAUCUCUGAAAGCAAGGUAAUUACUAGCCUUCUGUCCCAUCCAUCUAUUACUCCUCUAUAUCUAUCCUGCAUAUUUAUAGGCCGGAUUAUUCUAUCACCUAAACCUGAGGCUGCAGAUUUCCACAGGUACUAUAAUAAAAAUUGCCUGUAUUGGGCCUGCUAUGGCCUAUUCCAGAAGCUGCAGAAAGUGCUUCGCACCAGUAUUGACAAACUCUUAGACCUCAUCCAGGGACUCCUCAACCUCUACUGCUCGCAGGCAUGCCUGCCCUUCAAGAAUACUGUAGAGCUUCUGUAUCAGUUCUAUCUGGAGCCGGCAUCAGAUCUGAGUAAAUGCGAGGGUCUUUUGGGUCCGUGCGCUUCGCGGCCAUUUGCCUUGAUGGGCGAGCUGCUGGACUACCUACGGCUCUUCACCUCCCAGCCGGUACCGACGUCGGCUGAUGUCAUGCAGUUAGUGAGACGCCUCGCACAUCCGGUGCCUUCGCUGGACACGGUGGAGCGGUUCCUGUCCCGCCAUUGUUUGCAGCAGUUUCCGUCUCUGCGGGCGGUAGUCCAGCUGCUGGACUUGUUCUAUCUACAACCAGGCCUUUCUUUGGCCCAAGCGGAAGAGCAUCUCAGUCGAUACAGCACACAGCCUUCUCCGCCCUUGGGGCUGCUGAUUGAGUAUCUAUCUGAAUUGAAGUCCCAGCAGCCGUGCGUUUCGACGGCGGACAUUGCUGUUCGAAUGCUGCAGCACAUGCGGGCGUUGGGUAAUCGGGAGAGGGAGGCGGAGGAUGCUUGGAACAACCUCCUCCGUGCGAGCUAG